AUGAUGAAAGACUGCCCACAUGCAGCAGGAACGCCCCGAAUUGCUGGCUGCAGUUUCACACUAUUGGAAUAUACCGAACUAUUCAAUUGAAUCUGAUGAACGGCAAGUCUUUCUCUGAGCUUCCUUCACCUGAAUACGUUCGCCUAUGGAAAACAAAUAUUACGGGGAAAUUAAGGAAAAUUAAAAAGAAAAACGAAACUACAAAGCAACCCUAUGACUGUAACACAUAGCAUUCGCAUAGUUUUUCAUUAAUACAGCACUACACCCGCACACGGAGACUUCUAUGGACUUCCUCUGUUGACAACUUCCUCACUGGUGAGGGUCCGUAGGAUUCAAUGAGCAAUAGAGUUGACUGCAUACAGACGCAAGAAUGGAGUGAGCACAGUCAGACCUGACCCUAAAUUAUUACAAAGACUCAGAAACCAUUUUGGAGCAGUGAAUCAAACAAGAUGGAUUACAAAUAUGACAAUGCUGGAAUAGAACUCUUGCUGGCUCACAUGAACAUAGAGGACAUCAUCGACGUGGUGGAACAUCUCUACCACACCAAGGAAGAGGAAAAAGAGGCCGCGUCGUUUGCGGAGGGUCUCUCUCAGGAGGAGAUGGACGAGAACGAGGAGACAGUGGAUGAUUCGUGGGGCGAAGUGACAGGAGGGUCCCAGGGGACACAGCAGGGGAACAGUGGUGGCAGGGUAAGGUACGGGACGGUGUCGGACUUGCUCUCUUUCAUCAACCAGAUCUCUAACAUGCAGCCAGAAGUAUUGCAGCACCUUCCGGAGGAGAUGGGUGUGUUACUGAACAAGAAACACAUGGGGCUGAAGAAGGGUCACUAUCGCAUCGAUUCAGAUGUGUUACUGUUUCCAUGGAAGUGGACCUAUAAGACUCCUGGCUCCGGCGGCCAUGUUCCAAAGGGCUCUUUUGGGAAAGUCCACUUGGCCCAGGAUGCCAUAACCAGGAAGAGAAUGGCAUGCAAACUGAUCCCCAUGGAACACUUCAAACCAGCCGAUGUUGAGAUCCAGGCACGGUUCCGUCAUGAGAACAUUGCAGAGCUCUAUGGUGCUCUCCUCUGGGACCAAAACAUCCACCUGUUCAUGGAAGCCGGCGAGGGAGGGUCGGUUCUGGAGAAACUGGACAGCUGUGGCCCCAUGAGGGAGUUUGAGAUAAUCUGGGUCACCAAGCAAGUCCUCCGGGGCUUGGAGUACCUACACUCUCACAAUGUCAUCCACCACGACAUCAAACCCAGCAACAUCGUCCUGAUGUCAGACAAAGCGGUUCUGGUAGAUUUUGGCCUGACAGUACAGAUGACAGAGAAAGUAUACACCCCUAGGGAUCUACGAGGCACAGAGAUGUAUAUGAGCCCGGAGGUGGUUCUUUGUCGAGGACACAACACCAAGACAGAUAUCUACAGCCUGGGCGCCACCAUCAUCCAUAUGCAGACUGGCAACCCACCCUGGGUCAGGAGAUACCCACGCACCGCCUACCCAUCCUACCUCUACAUAAUUCACAAGCAGGCCCCUCCCCUGGAGGACAUAGCGGAGGACUGCAGUGGUGUCAUGCGGUCCUUCCUAGAGACCGCCCUGGAGAGGAACCCUGCCAAGCGCAGCUCUGCAGCCAAGCUCCUGAGGGACGAGGCCAUCAACCCUCCCAGAGAGGAACAGCCACGCUGCUGGAGCCUGGACUCAGCCCUGGUGGAGGCCUCCCACCCUCUACUGAGGCAGCAUAGCCAGCAGCCUGACACCACACAGGAAUCCUCAUUGUACUCUGAGCCUGAGGACUCUGCCCACCUGAGGAGAAAGGGAUCCCUGUACAUCGACUUGGGGGCAAUGGCUGGAUACUAUAAUCUAGUGAGAGGUCCCCCUGCCACAGAGUAUGGCUAACCCUUUUGUAUUUCCUUCAGAGGUAAAGAUAUCAGAGAUAACUGUUACCUUUCACGUAGCCUGGUACUGGGGAACUGUUAGGUCAGAGACUCUCAAGAAGUUGAGUUCGGGACUCAUGAAGACUCAAUGGUGAAGGUGUGACUGAUGCUUUUGGAAAGAGAUACCAGAAGGACAGAAAAUUGGAUAGAGACAGUAAAUAGCCUGCACUUCAAUUGCGCUGGACUCGUGUAAUGAAAUUGACCAAUGUCUGAAAAGUGGUUUCUGUAGCUGCCUUAAUUUGCCAUCUCUCAACAAUGCAGCGGUUCAUUGGAUGUAAGAGAUGUGUUACUCAGUAACACUGUGUUUCACUGGCUAACAGUGGAAUCAGUGACAUCUUGUGGGAUGUUUUGUAUAUACAUGAUAUACUGUAUAAGCAUCUUAUACAAGUUUGUUUCUUAAAGAAAUGCAUCUGAAUGGGUCUUCUGAUUGAGACGUCAUUUUGUGUCAAUAUGAAAACUGUGAUUUCUGACCGUGUAUGUGUGGUUUGUACAAAUUGUACAAUUAUAUUGUUUUAAACGCGAAGUUCUAAAAAUGAACUUAUUUGUGUUUGUUCCUAAGGAAUAUGAGAAGUGAUUUUGAGAAUUGCUAUGCAAGUUACACCAUGUACAUGACUGAUUCAUUUGUUACUUUAUUUGUGUGAUCAUUGUUCUUUACCUGUUGGGUAUGCAGUUUUCUUUGCCACUUGCAACAAUUUCAAAGAUUUUACUGAGUUUACAAUAAGGAAAUAAGUCAAUUGAAAUAAAUUAAUUCGACCCUAAUCUAUGAUUUCACAUGACUGGGAAUACAGAUAUGCAUCUGUUGGUCACAGAUACCUUAAAAAAGGUAGGGGGGCGUGGAUCAGAAAACCAAGCCGUAUCUGGUGUGAACCACCAUUUUCCUCAUAAAGCGCGACACAUCUCCUUCGCAUAGAGUUGUUCAGACUGUCGAUUGUGGCCCUUGGAAUGUUGUCCUACCCCUUCAAUGGCUGUGCGAAGUUGCUGGAUGUUGCUGGGAACUGGAAUACUCUGUUGUACACGUCGAUCCAAAGCAUCCCAAACAUGCUGAAUGGGUGACAUAUCUGGUGAAUAUGCAGGCCAUGGAAGGAGUUGGACAUUUUCAGCAGAAUUGUGUACAGAUCCUUGCGACAUGGGGCCGUGCGUUAUCAUGCUGAAACAUGAGGUGAUUGCUGCAGAUGAAUGGCACGACAAUGAGACUCAGGAUCUCGUCACGGUAUCUCUGCAUUCAAGUUGCCAACAAUUCGUCCACACAACGCCGUACACAGGGUCUGCGGUUGUGAGGCCGGUUGGACGUACUGCCAAAUUCUCUAAAUUAAUGUUGGAGGCGGCUUAUAAUAGAACAAUUAACAUCAAAUUAUUGGGCAACAGCUCCGGUGGACAUUCCUGCAGUCAGCAUGCCAACUGCGUGCUCCCUAAAAACUUGAGACAUCUGUGGAAUUGUGUUGUGUCACAAAACUGCACAUUUUAGAGUGGCCUUUUAUUGUCCCCAGCACAAGGUGCACCUGUGUAAUGAUCAUGCUGAUUAAUUAGCUUCUUGAUAUGACACACCUGUCCGAUUGGAUAGAUUAUCUUGGCAAAGGAGAAAUGCUCGCUAACAGUAAUGUAAACAAAUUUGUGCACAAAAUUUGAGAGAAAUAAAGUUAUUGUGCCAACGAAAAAAUACGGAAUCUUUUAUUUCAGCU